AUGUCAUCAGUGUCGUCAGUAUCUCGCGUUUUCGACACCAUUAAUGAAUGUCUCUCCCAAGUUCAUUCAGACUCCAUCGAAGUUCAAGAGAAAGCCCUUCAAACCUUGGCAUCCAUCACGAAAGUGAGUCCCCAGAACAGAACCCUAGUGGCUCAAACAGACAAAGCCAUCGCAACACUAGCCACACUAACAAACGCAUCCAACCCCACCAUCCAAACACUCUCCUUGUUGAUCCUCUUCAACCUAUCCCUAAACCCCGACUUGAAGCACUCUCUCUCCGACAUGGAAACCAUUCACUACCUCAACUCCCUCAUCACCUCAUCAUCGUGCUCCCUCGACUCCUCAAAGCUAGCCUCGUCAUUGAUCUGCAGCCUCGCCAUGCACGACAAGAACAAGGCCAAGUUUGGUGUGGCGGGAACAGUUCAGUUGCUAGUGAGAGCCAUUGAAGGCUCUCGUGGCUCCGAUGCACACCACCUCCUGAGUUCCUUGGCUGAGCUUGUCCACUUCCAUGGAAACUGCACUUUGGCAGUGCGAGCCGGGGCGAUUCAAGUGCUGCUUAGGGUUGUGCAGAGCACCGAGAGUGAGGACUUGGCUGGAACUUCUCUUGCGGUUCUUGGACUCCUUGCGAGGUUCGAGGAAGGGUUGAAUGGUUUGAAGAGAAGGGAUCACGAGAUAGUUAGGGCUAUGUUGAGCGUGUUGAAAGGGAGGUCGCUGUUGAGUAAGGAGGGUGCUGCUGAUAUCCUUAUAAGGCUUUUUGAUGACAGUGAAGAGUGUGUCGCUGAGGCUCUCAUGUUGCCCGAGUUUUCAAGCGUGUUGGCUGAUCUUUGUGUGAGAGGGUCGGUGAGGGUUCGAGACAAGGCGGAUUUGUUGAUGACGAAGAUGGCCAAGUUGAGCUUGGACUCUGACAUGGAAGCAUGCUCUCUGCAUGGUUAUUAA